AUGGGGAGCACAUUUGCUCUAUUUCUAGCUGCUGCUGUUUUCUUUUUCUUUAAAGGUUGCAGUUGUUCAGAAGCGGAGCACAGGCUGUUUGCAGCCUUGUUUGCCAACUACAAUCAGUUUAUCAGACCAGUGGCGAAUGUGUCAGACGCUGCCAUCAUUCAGUUUGAGGUAUCCAUGUCACAGCUAGUGAAGGUGGAUGAAGUGAACCAGAUAAUGGAGACCAAUUUGUGGCUGAAACAUAUCUGGAACGAUUACAAACUUAAGUGGAAUCCAGAGGAAUAUGGAGGUGCUGAGUUUAUUCGAGUCCCAUCUGAUAGGAUCUGGAAGCCAGACAUUGUCUUAUAUAACAAUGCAGUUGGGGACUUCCAAGUUGAUGACAAGACAAAGGCCUUAUUGAAAUACACAGGAGAAGUGACCUGGAUACCUCCAGCUAUUUUUAAAAGUUCAUGUAAAAUAGAUGUAACCUACUUUCCAUUUGACUACCAAAACUGCACCAUGAAGUUUGGUUCCUGGUCUUACGAUAAAGCUAAAAUUGACUUAGUUUUAAUUGGCUCUACAAUGAACCUCAAAGACUACUGGGAGAGUGGAGAAUGGGCUAUUAUUAAAGCUCCUGGAUAUAAACAUGACAUUAAGUACAACUGUUGUGAAGAGAUAUAUCCAGAUAUCACCUAUUCUCUUUAUAUUAGGCGCCUGCCUUUAUUUUAUACCAUCAACAUGAUUAUCCCAUGUCUGUUGAUUUCUUUCUUAACUGUUUUGGUGUUCUACUUGCCUUCAGACUGUGGUGAGAAGGUGACACUAUGCAUAUCAGUCCUUUUAUCCUUAACUGUAUUUCUCCUAGUGAUCACAGAGACCAUCCCUUCUACCUCUUUGGUGAUCCCACUUAUUGGAGAAUACCUCCUCUUCACCAUGAUAUUUGUAACUCUUUCCAUUGUCAUUACUGUGUUUGUACUUAAUGUACACUAUAGAACACCGAAGACACACACAAUGCCUGAGUGGGUGAAGACCAUUUUCUUGAACUUACUUCCCAAGAUCAUGUUUAUGACCAGGCCUGCCAGUGAUGAAGAGAAUAAUCAGAAGCCAAAGCCACUUUACAGUGCUGAGCUCUCAGACUUAAAUUGCUUCAGCAGCUCUGAAACCAAAUGCUGCAAAGAUGGCUUUAUAUGUCAAGAUAUAACAUGCAGCUGUUGUCAGUAUCAACGAAUAAAGUUUUCUGACUUCAGUGGCAAUCUUACAAGGAGUACAAGCUAUGACUCGGUAGAUGCUCUGCUUUCAUUUUCAGUUUUGUCACCAGAAAUGAGAGAUGCCAUUGAAAGUGUCAAAUACAUUGCAGAGAAUAUGAAAAUGCAGAAUGAAGCCAAAGAGAUUCAGGAUGAUUGGAAGUAUGUUGCCAUGGUAAUUGAUCGCAUUUUUCUGUGGGUUUUUAUUCUGGUAUGUAUUCUAGGAACAGCGGGAUUGUUCUUACAACCAUUGAUGGCUGGAGAUGAAAUGUAG